AUGGCUUAUUAUCUGGAUGGUGAGGACUUUUUCAAACAAUCACUAUAUGUGGAGAAAGCAAAGGUUCUGCCUUCUAUAGAGAGCAUGUUGCUGCGGGUUCACAUUUCCCCUACCAACAUCAGGAGGGUGAAGCUGCCUGAAAGACCUGAACUGCGUAAAGCCAAUGACAUCUACCAUCAGACAAAGAAGCCUCUGACUGUCCCAAGGGACAUGAAGUGUGAGAUUCUGGACAAGAUUGUGCAGGCAAUUUUUGAAAUAAAAGCCUACCCCGAUGCCUAUGAGAUCCAGUCAAUUGCCUCUGCUCUAGAUAGUGACAUUACCACACAUCGGGAAAAAACUGUUCUUGAGGGAUUGCCACUUUUCCUGCGUGAGAAGUCUGCGUGUUUGCUGAAGAUGUGCCUGGAUACGGAUCCGGUGAACCGCAGCACCAAAGAUGUAAAGAUCGGAAUCCUUACUGUGGUCGAAGAUAAUGUUGCCGCUGUCACAUCACUGCCUACUGUAACCAACAUGGCCAUAAUCUUGGAAGAGGCCAUUGUGCUUGAGGACAUUAAAGAUCUUCCAUCUGCAUUUGCAUAUUUGUUCGGCCUCUUGUAUGUACUUAACAUGGAAUAUCCAAAAGAACUGAAGUAUACUUUUGAAGUCAUCCAAAAAAUCUUCAUGGAUCUAGGUGGUACCUGCUCAGCGAAAGUGCAGUCAUUGAAAUCCAAACUUUGCUAAAUGGAUGAA